AUGAGAGGAUUGUACGUGAUGCCUAUCCCCUUCCACACCCUGGACGAAUACUUGGCCGCCUGCCGCGGGCCAACUAUCUAUCUACCAUUCUGUUCGUUCAGUGUGCAAGGGAAGGGGAUGUUCCAGUUCACCCGCCUUCCAUUCGGUUUGAUCAACAGUCCAGCUACGCUGGCUCGUUUGAUGAACCGAGUGUUGGGUCAUGGUGCACUGGAUCCGAACGUCUUUGUAUACUUGGACGACAUCGUCAUAUUAUCCGAGACGUUCGAGGAGCACGUACAGCUUCUCAUGGAAGUUGCGAAACGCGGUUUGAUCAACAGUCCAGCUACGCUGACUCGUUUGAUGAACCGAGUGUUUGGCCAUGGUGCACUGGAACCGAUCGUCUUUGUAUACUUGGACGACAUCGUCAUAGUAUCAGAGACGUUCGAGAAGCACGUACAGCUUCUCAUGGAAGUUGCGAGACGCUUGCGAGAAGCCAAUUAA